CAUAAAAUGGAUCAAGAAAUAAAGGACUCACAGCAUCCAUUGGACUUAAAUUCACCCAACGAGCCAUUGAUAGGUGACGAGAUAGUGAAGAAGAGUGUUAAUAGUAGAAGAAGAAGACGCGGUAGCCGUAGACAUUCAUCAGGUAAUUCCGACGUCAAUGAAACAACGAGUGAUACGGAAAAACAUACACAGAGACGUCAAAGCUCACAGAUGGAGGAAGACAAAGAUUCGCCUGCUUUUCAAUCGCUCGUGGAUAUUAUCCAUGAAAUGAAGCGUCUCCCAUCAAUUUCUAUCAGUCCGGAAAAGCCACCAACACCACCAGAGAGCAGUAAUAGCUGGAAAAGAGUACGAAGACAUUCUGAGCCACAGCACAAAUACAAACAGCAACAACACCAUCACCAUGACUUCAAAAACCCAUUAAGCACUGUCAAUGAGCAACAACAUUCGAAACAUGCAGACAUGACUCAAGGGAAACCCGUAUUUUCGAAUUCUUUCCUGGCAUUAGAAUUAGAUGACGAGGGUGAGAAUAACAUUGAUACUUUGGUGUCACCAUUAAACAAACAACAACAAAGAACGCGUAGCAAAUCUGUUCCCGACGCUAUUGUACCUCAACGUCGCGAUAGUUUAUCAUCAACCAGAAAAGUUCUCUAUCCUGCUCAUUUGCCUAUCGAAGAGGCUUCUGUUGAGAUACGUGCACAUGCUUUGUUUUCUGGUAUACUUCGUGUUGACUUGAAAGAUAGUUCUGAGGCCAACGUUGAGUGUGAGGAACUGGAUGGUGCUUCUAUCUAUAUAUUUGGAUCCCGUAAUAGAAACCGAGCAUUUGAUGGUGACGAAGUUGCGGUUAGACUAGUCCCCGUGGAUGAAAUGAUGGAGGAAAAAAUAUCAAAGCGACAACGUCAUACCAGAAGAUUGUCAUUAAACAGUGUGGAUACACCUUCUAAUGUUGUUUGCAACCCCGGGUUAUCCUCGAUUCCGGAAAACGACACAAACUUCUUGGAUAUGAGUAAUUUAGCAAUAAGCGACACAUCCAAACCAAAAUAUUGCGGAAGAGUUGUUUCUAUACUUGAACGACCUAAAAAGAUGCUAUUCUCAGGCACUCUUUCAUUAAAUCGACCUCACGCGAAAACCUUGGAUAAUGCAAGCCGUGAAAAAAAAGACCAUCAUGGACCCAAAAUUAUAUGGUUUAUCCCUGCUGACAAGAGACUUCCCCUGGUUGCUGUGCCUAUCAAGCAUGCGCCUACUAACUUUAUAAAAUAUCAUGAAGAAUACAAGAACAGAAUUUUCAUUGGAAGUAUUCAGCGCUGGCCGGCGACAUCAUUGCAUCCAUUUGGUAUAGUUGAAAAGGAGAUUGGAUGGAUGGGAGAGCUUGCCGUUCAUUCAGCUGCAUUGAUAGCAGAUAAUCAUAUCAGGGACAUGGAUUUUUCAGAAACGGUUCAAAAAGCUGCUGCUGCUGUACCAUCAGAUAUAUCCAGCGAGGAUCGAAAGAACCACAGGGAUCUUACAACAGAGGAUAUAACGAUAUUUACGAUGGGGGAAUCUGACUCUGACUUAAAUACCGCGUUCUCUGUCACCAAAACAGAAGACGGUAUUCUCGAGAUCGGAAUUCAUGUGACGGAUGUUUCUAAUUACGUUCGAGCUAACACUCCCUUAGAUCGAGAAGCAAGAGAAAGAUCGUGUUCAGUAAAUCUCGUGGAUCGUAAAAUUGCCAUUUUACCUCCUUCAUUUACAGAAUCUCGAUUUAGCCUCGGCAUCGAUCAAGAAAGACUGGCCUUUUCUGUACUUUGUCGAUUUACUGAAAAUGGUGUUCUUUUACAUGCUUGGAUAGGAAAGACUGUAAUCAAGUCUAAGGGGCAUGUAUACUUUCCUUCAAACCAAAAAUUAACAGAUGAUUUAUUAAAAGCAGACAGCCAAACUUUGUUAAAGAUGUGUCGAAAGUUGCAACAAAACCGUCUACAAAAACUGAAUGGUCACAGUCUCGCAAGGUCAUUCCCGAUAUUUAAAAUGGCUGAUAGUGGAUAUCCAGAAGAAAUUGAUCGCUUCGAUGGCACAGACCAUGAUGCUUUAAUUGAUGAGUUAUUAAUUGUAGCAAAUGUCGAAGUAGCACAAAAAGUCUCAAGCAGAUUCCCUGAUCAAGCUCUUUUGUACCGACAAAAUGCACCGAAAUUAUCUAAAUUGGCUGCCAUUCAAGAUUAUUUUGAUAACGAUCCAUUAUCUGAUUCAUAUAAUGGGUUGUUAAAACUUGUUUCAGAGCGGGAGUUAUCACUUGAAAAGCGACAGGCACUCGUUCAUAUCAUCCGUCAAAAUACGCCCGGCAGUAUAUAUUUCAGUGCAGGAGCUAUAGAUAUAGUCAAAUUUCCACAUGCAGGUUAUGGCGUAUCUCUUUUUACAGUAUUUACAGAACCCAUUCAUAAUUAUGCAUCCAUAUUUGUCCAGAGACAGCUCAGUGAAGCAUUAAAAGGCAUUGAACAAGACAAUGCUAAUUUUGAUGCUAUUGAUAAAAUUGCUCGUCAUUGCAACUCAACCAAUCGUUUCAAAGCAACUGCUGAACAAGAUAGUAGAAAACUUUACACAGCAGCAUACAUUUAUCGUCAACAUCUGGAUACAGAUCAAGAGAGUACUCAUGUUGAAGCCUAUGUGAUGUACUUUGGCGUCGAUUCAAUUAUUGUCUAUAUUCCGGAAUUCGAUCUAGAGUUACCCAUCGAGUUAAAUGAAAUUUCUAUUCCAGGAGGCCAACAUGAAUAUGAUUCUAAAAUGAACAAAAUGAAUAUUGAAUGGUCCAAUGGGGAUAAGCAAAGCCUUAAGUUCAUGUCAAGCAUUGAACUUAAUAUCAGUGUCGAUUUAAAGGUCGUUCGACCAAUAUUCAAGGCCGAGAUUAUAAAACACACAGAAUAAACAUCAAAAAAGGCCAUUUAUUAUAUAUAUAUAUAUUUU